AUGACUUGGAUAGAAGAAGCGCUUUUGGGACUAUUAUGUGAAAGAAGCGGGAGCUAUCAAACUCUUGUUCGAAAAUUAAAGAAAGACGGUAGUAGAAAAUGUGAGUGUCUGUUUUUACUUCGUGGUUGCAUGUUGGCUAACAAAAAAUGGAGAUUUAAUGUCAUUUGUAGUUUGCAUAACUAUGAAUUAUGCUUAAAAUUAGCUGGUUAUCCUAAUGUAUGUUGGCUCAAGCUGGAAGAGAAGGAAUAUAUUAGUGACAUGACCUUGAAUCUUGUCCAACCGAAAAAUAUACUUGCAACAUUGAAAAGGAAGCAAACCGACAAUAUAUCAAAUAUCAAGCAAGUGUAUAACAUUCGGUACCUCACCAACAAGACGAUUAGAGGGGAUAUGACUGAGAUGCAACAAUUGUAG